UGCAAGCUCUCCCGUGACUGGCUGGGGAGGCGGGCGGAGGGGCUCGCGGUCAGAGCCCGCAGCGGGUCGCUCGCGACGGGCAGCGGCGUUCUGAGGGCUGCCGGGGCGCUGGCGCGGAGGAUGGGCUGCCCGGCCGCCUGCUGGGUCGCGCUGCUGCUUUGCACAGGAGGGUCCCUCAGCAAACCCACGCUCAGGAAGGAGAGGGUCGUUCACCCGGACCCUCAGCUCAGCGACCAGCUGCACGAAGAUAACCAAAGCUUCCAGUACGACCACGAGGCUUUUCUGGGCAAGGAGGAAGCCAAAACUUUCGAUCAACUCACCCCAGAGGAAAGCCAAGAGAAACUAGGGAAAAUUGUUGAUAGAAUAGACGAUAACAAAGAUGGAUACGUCACAACAGAGGAAUUGAAAAACUGGAUUAAGCGAGUGCAGAAACGCUAUAUCUAUGAAAAUGUGGCUAAGGUCUGGAGAGAUUAUGACCUAAACAACGAUAAUAAAAUAUCCUGGGAAGAAUACAAACAAGCCACAUAUGGGUAUUAUCUAGAAAAUCCAGAAGAAUUUCAAGAUGCAACUGAUCAAAACAGUUUUAAAAAAAUGCUGCCCAGAGAUGAAAGGCGAUUCAAAUCUGCAGACCUGGAUGGAGACUCAGCUGCCACUCGCGAGGAGUUCACUGCCUUUCUUCAUCCGGAGGAGUUUGAGCAUAUGAAAGACAUUGUCGUCUUAGAAACACUGGAGGACAUUGACAAAAACGAGGACGGUUUUGUGGAUCAAGAUGAGUACAUUGCUGAUAUGUUUGCCCAUGAGGAAGGAGGACCCGAACCUGACUGGGUACUUACUGAACGCGAGCAGUUUUCAGAUUUUCGGGAUAUAAACAAGGAUGGGAAGAUGGAUAAAGAGGAGAUUAGGCACUGGAUUCUCCCACAAGAUUAUGAUCAUGCACAAGCUGAAGCCAGGCACUUAGUUUAUGAAUCGGAUGUAGACAAGGAUCAAAAGUUAACCAAAGAGGAGAUUCUACAGAAUUGGAACAUGUUUGUUGGCAGCCAAGCUACCAAUUAUGGGGAAGACCUCACAAAAAAUCAUGAUGAACUAUGAUAUUUUUCACAACUCAACGUGCCAAAGACUGUUCAAUUUCUCAUUACAUUAAGGAAGUCACUGUAUUUUUAUUUUCUGGCUGAAUAAUUUGCACCUAUAGUUUUUAACAAACCUCAGAAAUGGGGUGUAGAAAUAGCCUCUUCCAAGAAAUGCAAGAGCUAGUCACUACACUUUUAUUUGAAAAAAACCCUUUCUAUUGUGAAUAGAUUGCAGUAUCACUUUGGGGAUGAUGUUCUAAAACUUAGUUCUUAGGAUCAUUAAAAAGUUUUCAUAUUUUUUUAAAAUGCCCUUUUUUCCCCCCUGAAGGGACACCGAGUUUUAAUUGGGAAGAAAUGUAUUGAGUGUUUAAAUAGAUUCUGAGUUUAGUGGGGGCGGGGGUUAAAAAUAGUAACUAAGAAUUUAGAUCGUUAUUUCCCCUUUCCCAUAUGAAAAGGAGGUCUUACUUGACAUGAACUAUGGCUUUUUUUCUCCAUCCUGUGGUCUUUCCUCCUGGUUGGGUCCAGUGGUGCUGAAUGAAUAAGGCCUCGUGGAAUAAAGGCAGAUGCACCAGCCCUCCAGAACGUAACCAUUGAAGUGCAGCACCUAUAACUAAUCACUGUUCCCCAGUUUUCUUUUACUAAUCAGUAGCAGUACAUCUACCACAUUGCCUGUCACUCACCGUUGUUCUUUGACAAGGACAGUAGAGUCCACUCUGACAAUUACUACUUCUGAGAGCAGUAUGGGAUGGUUUGUGGGCUGUUGCUUAUUCUGUUUCCUAAAAAGAUUCAUGGCACACGGACCUGCUGUUUUCCAAUGCUUCCCACGCUUUGCACACUCCACUUCUACUAGCUAGGGUUGACUUAUUCAUGCCAUGUGGAAAAGAAGUGAGACCUCUAUCCUCUGGGCCCUUCUUGAAAUGAUGGGCCUUAUGUUCUCUUCUGUGCUGUGUCAGGGAUUCAUGUGGUUUAAAAUGCUGGGUUUGCAUAUAUACUCACAUUUAGAUCACCAAGUUGUAUGAUAGGUGGAUCAAUUUCCUACAGAACAGUAAACCUUCCACGUGGCAGCAUAUUUUACUGUAUAAUAUGAGCUGUUGUUCCUUUUCAUUUGUGUGGGUUUUCCUGUCAGUACUGCAUUGACAACCUGCACAAUAAAACUGUAACUUUCUUUUUGAUACUACGAAGACACAGAAAUGUUAGAGGAUUUAUCUGGGAGUGGGAAGUAAAAACAAGAACCAUCAACAGGCUUUUAAAUAAUAGCGCCCAAAACUCUGGUCUCUGGACCAUACGUAGUCCAUGAAGCACUUGCUGGUGGUCCACAGAGCGCUGGCUGGGCACAUGCAAUGGUUCCGUCUUGUUUCUAGCUGACAAAUCACACAAAGGAAGCUAAAAAUACAUUAAGUCCUCUGUAAUCAAUUGCUGUAGCUACCACGGCGCUCUAACUGGAUCACCAGUGGCAGGGGAAUUUAUCUGCGCGUGUAUGAAUGGCAGGAGAGACAUCCACAGGGCAUUCCCUCUUGGAUGUGUGCUCUGUGUUUUGAAAAAAAAGCUCAACAACCCCCAUUCUAAACACGGUCAUUCUGCUUGUGACUCCACAUUUGGGGAUAUUAUUUCUGGAUGCAAAUGAAUUUCAAGGCCAGCAGAG